AAUUAACUAAAAAACAUGGUGGAGAUCGAAGAAAAUUCAUCACACAAAAGUGACGCCAACGAUAAUCGCAUAAGUGAACCCACCGACGAUCGUGAUGCUAUUGAUGUCGAGGCACGUUUGCUUAAAGUUCCACAAAAUGGAACUGUACCGAAAAAUGGUCUUAAGAAAAAUGAAAAAUCCGAAUUAGAUCGUAAUACAACAGAAGAAAUAAAUAAAUGGUUGCGUGACACGCCACUGACAGAUGAUAUGACCUGUGGUUUUUGGAUAUUCAAAGGACGGUUUUUGCAGAGAUUUGCCAACCAAACAUCCUAUGUCAUAUUGUAUGGCUUGGUCGGUUGUAUAUUCUCAAUGACGUAUGCCUAUUUCAAUGGAACGAUAACAACGAUAGAGAAACGUUUUAAAAUACCAUCAAAAAAUACAGGUCUCAUAUCGGUGGGCAAUGAUAUCAGUCAGAUGUUAGUAUCAGCGGUUUUAAGUUAUUAUGCCGGCAAAGGACAUCGACCAAGAUGGAUAGGUUUUGGUCUUCUUACAAUUGUAAUGUUUUGCCUGUUAACGGCUGCACCUCAUUUCCUCUAUGGCCCCGGCGAUGAUGCCUUGGCAUUAACACAGGAAUUCGGUGCAACGCCAGAUGAAAACGCCACAAUCGAAGCCAUACGAGAACAGCGGUCGAAAACACUGUGCCGUUUAAAUGGUGCUACCGAAUGCGAAGCAGGCGAGGGUAAUUUUGCACCACAAGUUGUAUUAUUUACAGCGCAGUUUAUAUCGGGUAUCGGAGGCUCUUUAUACUAUACCCUGGGCGUGUCAUAUAUGGAUGAUAACAUCAAGAAAUCUAAGACGCCAGCAUUGUUAAGUUUGUCCUAUUUCCUAAGAAUGUUGGGACCCGCCAUUGGUUAUGCCUUGGCAUCACUGUGUCUAAGAAUUUAUAUUGCUCCGCAGUUACAUCCUGUUAUAAAAAUGAAAGAUCCUCGCUGGUUGGGCGCUUGGUGGAUGGGUUGGCUAAUAAUAGGUGCCAUGAUAUUUUUAUCGGGAAUUCUGCUGACAAUGUUCCCCAAAGAUUUGCCACGGGCAGUAGCACGUCGUAAGGUCGAAGAAGAAAGACGCAAACAAAGAGUUUCGAUAAAAGAUAAAGAAAAGAAUGAAAAAGACAUACUCAAUGAACAGCUGGAGGAAAAACCCCCAGCUGAGCACAAGGCAUCCUUUAGGGAUAUGAUGAAGACCUUUAAACGUCUAACCACCAACAAGACACUGAUGUAUAAUAAUUUCUCAUCGGUAUUUUAUUUAUUUGGUUAUACACCAUAUUGGAUAUUUGCACCGAAAUAUAUUGAAAUUCAAUAUCGUCAAUCGGCGUCAACAUCAAGUAUGGUUACUGGUACUGUGGCUCUGGCUUUUUCCGCCAUUGGUGUAUUACUAUCUGGUUUCGUCAUUUCAAAAUAUAAGCCCAGUGCUCGUUAUAUGGCCGCAUGGAAUGUCAUCGUGGGCUUUCUAACCGUAAUUGGUAUUGUAUCGUACGCCUUCAUUGGUUGUCCUGGAAAUGAACAAUCGGUUGUGGUGAAUAUUCAUGAUAAGGCUCUCGAUGCUACACCAACCUGUAAUUCUGCCUGUGGUUGUGAUUAUGUCCGCUAUUCACCGGUUUGUGGUGAAAAUAAUAUGACCUAUAUUUCUCCAUGUCAUGCUGGCUGUAAGAAACAAUAUAUUAGUAAAACGGGUAAAAAGUUCUUCUAUGAUUGCUCCUGUAUUCCAACCGUUAACGCUACAAUAAAUAUAAACCCGGCAUUUGAGCGGCUAACAGCGAUAAACCUAACAGACGAUGUGGAUUUCAAGUAUUCAACGGCUUCGUCAUCAAUGCUGACAACUUUGGCAAAUGGGCAGGCCAUUUCGGGUGCCUGUCCGGUCAAUUGUUUCACACAAUUUGUUACCUUUUUGGCGGUAAUGUGUGGUUUGAAAUUUAUUGGUGCCACGGGGAGAGCAUCGAAUUUCUUGGUUACAGUUCGCUGUGUACCGGAAAAAGAUAAAACGGCUGCCAUGGGUUUUGGUAUGAUGAUGAUGUCGAUGUUGGCAUUUAUACCAAGUCCCAUAUUCUUUGGUUGGGUAUUGGAUCGUUUGUGUUUGGUGUGGGGUAAAACGUGUACAAACAAAGGCAACUGUUGGCUAUACGAUCCCGAAUCUCUAAGAUAUAUCUUAAAUAUGACAGCUGCCGUUUUCAUAGCCAUUGGUGCAAUAUUCGAUUGCGGUGUCUGGUAUUAUGUCAAAGACCUUAAAAUAUUCGAUGAUGAGGUGAAAGAAGUUGAAAUGGAAAUUGUUCAAAAGGAGGAAGAAUCUAUGAAAGCAGAAAUUUAAUAAGAGAUUA